AUAUCCGAACCCUUGUAGAUAUCCUACUCGAUUCUGGAGACCAGAUCUCAGAUAUUCUUACCAUAAUUGUAAGGAAGAGGCUGUAUUUAUUAUGUCUUUGUUUUUUUUUUUUUUCCCUUCUUAUUUAACAACCAGCUGUUUCAGGCGCUCCGUUUUUGAGCUCAAUGGAGAGUGAAGAAUUAGUUUUCCUGAAUCACGACGAUUGGCAAUUCGAGAAACUAAGGGAGAGUGCAAGAACUAGCGAUGAAAUUAUGGAAUCCAUGUUCGGGAACGAUGAGUGGCAGAUUGAGAGAAUUGUGCUGAGCAGGAAAGAGGAAGUUAUCUUCUUGGUAGAAGAAGUCGAUACAUACAUUCUUCCUUCACUCAAGCGUCGUGAAGUUGGGGAUCUCAAGGAAGGAAAAGCAAUAGACAUUCUUGUGUACGAUGAAGAUACCAGAGAUUACUAUAAGUUGAAGUUGAACUAUGAACGUCCUUAUUAUUUUCUGAGGAACACCAGUGAAUUGUACAAGAAGAAGGGUGUCAGUGAUGGGCAACGGAUUGGGUUCAGAUAUGAAGAGCAGUUUGCAACAUUGGUAGUAAAGCGUUUGUAGAAAGUAGAGCCUUAAUUAUAAGCUUUUCAUGUUGUCUUUUUUUUGGCAUAUUAAAAGCUGAACCGUUGUUUUACAAUUUAAACAAUAUUAGACAGUAAAACACUGAUCAAAUCGAUGGAGCGGCUGGAUUAUCAUCUUUAUGUUAAAAGUUAACUUCUUAAUGUUACAUAGAUUCUGAAUUUACAAAGGUUUUAUAAGUAGUUUAUAAUUAUAUUAUAUUAAUAAAAAAGUGUUACGUUG